CAAUUCCGACGCGGAAGGCAGUGGUUGCGCGCGGGGUAUUAGGCGUAGCUUUCCACCUUUAGCCAAGUGGAAAUACUUCGGAUCCCCAGACUGGGCUGAACCAUUUGUCUCAUCUAUCGCUUUUCCAAGAGCAGCCGCCGCCCAUCCCUCUUUGUGUGCCUCGGAAGCAGCUGAGCUGGUGGUGACGACAGUUGGCUUUGGGGCUUAAACUAGGGACUUAACCCAGAGGUUGCAGGCGGUAGGACGCGUCCCCAUCCCGCCACCGGACAGAUAUAAAUUAGUAUUGGCGUGUCUGCCUUAUCGUUAAGGCUGAACAAAAAUACUCGCCCAACCUAGAUGCAGGUCACAAACAUGUCGGACAAAAGUGAAUUAAAGGCUGAGUUGGAACGGAAGAAGCAGCGGUUGGCCCAAAUCAGAGAAGAAAAGAAGAGAAAAGAAGAAGAAAGAAAAAAAAAAGAAACUGAUCAGAAGAAGGAAGCUGUUGCUCCUGUGCAAGAAGAAUCAGAUCUUGAAAAAAAAAGAAGAGAAGCCGAAGCAUUGCUUCAAAGCAUGGGNNAAACUAAGGAAAGUAUAAUUGUUUUUUCUGAAUUCUGGGUCCCUCCUCCUAUGUCUCCAUCCUCAAAAUCUGUGAGCACACCAAGCGAAGCUGGAAGCCAAGACUCUGGAGAUGGUGCUGUGGGAUCUAGGACGCUGCAUUGGGAUACAGAUCCAUCAGUUCUUCAGCUUCACUCAGAUUCCGAUUUGGGACGGGGACCUAUUAAGCUUGGAAUGGCCAAAAUUACACAAGUUGACUUUCCUCCUCGAGAAAUCGUCACAUAUACCAAGGAAACUCAGACUCCAGUGAUGGCCCAACCCAAAGAAGAUGAAGAGGAAGAAGAUGAUGUGGUGACUCCUAAGCCACCUGCUGAGCCUGAAGAAGAGAAAGCUUCUAAAAAAGAUGAAGAAAAUGAUAGUAAAGCUCCCCCUCAUGAGCUGACUGAAGAAGAGAAACAACAAAUCUUACACUCAGAGGAAUUUUUAAGUUUCUUUGAUCAUUCUACAAGAAUUGUAGAAAGAGCUCUUUCUGAGCAAAUUAACAUCUUCUUUGACUACAGUGGGAGAGAUCUGGAAGACAAAGAAGGAGAGAUUCAAGCAGGUGCUAAACUAUCAUUAAAUCGACAAUUUUUUGAUGAACGUUGGUCAAAGCAUCGAGUUGUUAGUUGUUUGGAUUGGUCAUCUCAGUAUCCAGAGUUACUUGUGGCUUCCUAUAAUAAUAAUGAAGAUGCUCCUCACGAACCUGAUGGUGUAGCCCUUGUAUGGAAUAUGAAAUACAAAAAAACGACCCCAGAGUAUGUGUUCCACUGCCAGUCAGCUGUGAUGUCUGCUACGUUUGCAAAAUUUCAUCCGAAUCUUGUUGUUGGUGGUACAUAUUCAGGCCAAAUUGUGCUUGCUGUGACAUCUAUGUCCUUCCCUGUGGGAGAUGUCAACAACUUUGUUGUUGGGAGUGAAGAAGGUUCUGUGUACACAGCAUGCCGCCAUGGCAGCAAAGCUGGAAUCAGUGAGAUGUUUGAGGGACACCAAGGACCAAUCACUGGUAUCCACUGUCAUGCAGCUGUUGGAGCAGUAGACUUCUCACAUCUUUUUGUCACAUCUUCAUUUGACUGGACAGUAAAACUUUGGACAACUAAGAAUAAUAAGCCGCUGUAUUCAUUUGAAGAUAAUUCGGACUAUGUUUAUGAUGUUAUGUGGUCACCCACCCACCCAGCCCUUUUUGCCUGUGUGGAUGGCAUGGGGAGACUGGACUUAUGGAAUCUCAAUAAUGACACAGAGGUACCAGCUGCCAGCAUUUCUGUGGAGGGCAAUCCAGCUCUCAAUCGUGUAAGAUGGACGCAUUCUGGAAGAGAGAUCGCUGUGGGCGAUUCUGAAGGACAGAUUGUUAUUUAUGACGUGGGAGAGCAGAUUGCCGUUCCCCGAAAUGAUGAAUGGGCACGGUUUGGCCGAACACUUGCAGAAAUUAAUGCAAACCGAGCAGAUGCAGAGGAAGAAGGAACAGUUUUAGAAAAAGAUCCUUACCAGGAUGAAGUCCUCCAGUCUUUUGCGGCAACAUGGAUGAGCUUGGAGGACAUCACGGUAAGCGAAAUAAGUCAGGCACAGACAGGCAAGUUCUACACGUUCUCCCCCAUGAAAGCUAAAAUGCUGACCUCGUAG